UGUCGUUUUGUGUGUCUGUCUAUCUGGUUGUCUCUGUCUACCUGAUUCCCUCUACCUGUUAACUACCUUAAUUACUUUCUAUCAUCUGCCACUCUACUCUCUGUUCUGUCUCUGCUCUGUCUGAUUGUCCUCACCUGUCUCUACUCAUUGUGUCUCGUUAACCUCCCAGCUGUAUCCCAUCUCCCUCGUGAUUCCUCUGUGUAUAUCUAGUCCUGUCUUUGUGUUUGUCCUUGUCGGAUCGUCUGCAAACCUUGCAUGUUUCGUGUUUGUAUCUGUCCACCUGAACCCCCUGUCUGUAAUUCCGACCUUGAACCUGUUCCCGUACCCGCACCUGUACCUGCGCUUCCUCCUGGACCCGGACCCGAACCCGAACCCGAUCUGCUGGACCUCCUGAUCUUGACUCGGACCUGUCUACAACUCCUCUGAUCUCCUGCCCCGGAUUUCCAGCCACGAGCCCGGACCCUCCACCACCACCUAGAAGAGGUGCCGCUCAACCACUGGGGGACACGCACACACAGGCUCACGGACUUCAUUCCCAACUCCCCUUUCCCUGUUCCUCAAUAAAACUGUUGAACGUGACGCAUUUGGGUCCUCGUCUGUCCUGGUUCAUGACAGUACGAUCCGACCAGGAUGGACCCAGCGCACGCCACACCCCGCCAGACUUCUGAUGACCCCGAAUCACCUACUGCCAUCCAGCUUCGUCACCACAUCCAAAAACAAGAGCAACAGAUCCAGCAGAACCAAGAACAACUUGACAAGCUCACAGAAUGGCUGGCCCUCCGGAAUGCUUUGCCUCUGUCCAGCCCCGGUCCAGCCCCGUCCACUCUGCCUCCUAGUCCAGCCCCGUCCACUCUGCCUCCCAGUCCAGCCCCGUCCACUCUGCCCGUCUGUUCAGCUCCAGCCUGUCCAUCUGUCCAUCCGACCCAGCAGCCUGACAUCGCUACCUGCCUCAAACAUUUGGAGGAAUUUUACACCCUGAGGAAGAGGUUGACGCCAGCCCUCAACUCCGUGAUGAACACCAAGAGGCAGCUGGUGGCAGUGAGAAUUCUUACCGACACCCUGCAGCAGAGGCCAUGGCUGCUACAGUUUGGCCUCACUGAUGAAAGGGAGAGCAUGCAGCUUCAUGAGAAGCAAUUGAGACUUCUGCUGGCAGUGGAAGAAAGAGCAGCCUUGGCCAACCCAUCUCACCUAGACCCAGAGCCUGAUGCUGCUGAGACGCCAGUUCACGAGCCGAACGCAGCUGAAACGCCAACCUCCGAAGACCCGCCGAGGGGUCCGUCCGGGACCCUCCAAGGCGUUUCUUCAUCCGGGCCCCCCGAAGACGUCGCUCCGUCCAGGACACCAGAAGACGUCGUUCCGUCCUGGACACCGAAAGACGUCGCUCCGUCCGGGACCCCCGAAGGCGUCGUUCCGUCCGGGACCCCCGAAGGCGUCGUUCCGUCCGGGACCCCCGAAGGCGCCGUUCCGUGCCGUUCCGUCCGGACCCCCGGAAGACGUCGUUCCGUCCGGGACCCCCAAAGACGUCGUUCUGUCCGGGACCCCCAAAGACGUCGUUCUGUCCGGGACCCCCAGAGACGUCGUUUCGUCCGGGACCCCCAAAGGUUGCCUGUUCAGGCCCCUCCAGGACCCCCAGAAGACAAUCCUUCCAUCGCACGGGCCCCAGAAGACGACCUAUCCCGCCCCCCUGGACCUACGAAGGGUUUCGUUCGCCUUCCUGGACCCUCUCGCGAAGGCGUCAGGGCGUCGUUCCGUCUUGGACCCCCGAAGACGUCGUUCAGGCAGAGUUCCCUGAAGACGUUGCUCUGUCCGGGACCCCCACUCUGGCUGAGACCCCCGCUCUGGCUGAGACCCUCGAUUUGUCUGAGGCCCCUGGCCGCAAUACCGUCCACCUGCCUGACCUCUCUGCAGCUGAAUCCCCAAUCCUGUCCGCAGCCGGACCCCCAAUCCUGUUUGUAG